UUAAGAAUCAUCUCGUAUGGACAAACAGCGCAUGCUCUCGCUGGAGCCUACAGAGGAGUGGAGGCGGGUACUUGGUCGGCUGCAGCUCCUCCUGUGAGUGUGUGCUUUUACUUUGAGUGUUGUUUCUGAACUCCAGCUGAAGAUCUCCGCACAUAAACCUGACAACAAAAGGGUUUAAAAAAACCGAAAUCCUCCUUGGAGAAGAGAAACGGACGUUAAACCAAACAUAUUUCCAGGUAAUAUUUCCUGACCUGGAGGAGUUGGUCUGAAUCCAGAUGGACAAAUCACAAAGGGAGGUGGUGGUUCCGUUCGGGGGCCAGUCUUUCUCUGCACUGAGGAUGCAGUUCCAGCGGUAUGGGAUCCUGUUUGAAGACCCUCUGUUCCCAGCGUCCAACCAGUCUCUGUUCUACCAGAAGAAACGCAUCGGCAGAGUCACCUGGAAAAGGCCUAAGGAAUUAUGCAGCGACCCCCAUCUGUUUGUGGACGGCAUUAGUGCCCACGACCUGCACGCAAGGCAGCUGGGAAACUGCUGGUUCGUAGCCGCCUGCUGCAGUCUGGCCUCCAGAGAGGCACUAUGGCAGAAGGUGAUUCCUGACUGGAAGGACCAGGAGUGGGAUAAAGAAAAAAAAGAGUCCUACGCCGGGAUCUUCCACUUCCGGUUCUGGCGGUUCGGUGAGUGGGUGGACGUGGUGAUCGAUGACCGGCUGCCCACGGUAAACGGAGAGCUGGUGUACUGUCACUCCACCGUCAAAAACAUGUUCUGGAGCGCGCUGGUGGAGAAGGCCUACGCCAAGAUGUACGGCUGCUAUGAGGCGCUGGACGAGGGCAACGUGGCCGACGCUCUCAUGGAUUUCACCGGGGGCGUGUCGGAGCCAAUGGACUUGAGGGAGAAGAUGUUCAAAGAAGAUGAAGAGAAACGCGACAAGCUGUUUGAUAGAGUCCUGAAAGUCCACAACAGAGGAGGCCUCAUCAGCUGCUCCAUCCGGGCAACCAGUGCAGCAGACAUGAAGGCCAGGCUGGACUGCGGGCUGGUGAAGGGCCGUGCAUACACAGUAACCGACGUCCGCAGGGUGAUCCUGGACCACAGCCUGCUGGCCUACUUCAAGUCAGACAAACUCACCAUGAUCCGGAUGAGAACCCCCUGGGGACAGGGAGAGUGGAACGGGCCCUGGAGCGUCGGCUCUGAAGAGUGGCAGAAGGUCAGUGAGAGUGAGGGUGAGAGGAUCGUCUUCACUGUGCAGGAUGAUGGAGAGUUCUGGAUGACAUUUGAUGACUUCAUUGCUAACUUCACAGACAUCAUCCUGUGUCGUCUCAUCAACACAUCCGACCUGAGUUUCCGUAAGAUCUGGGAGGAAGCCAUGACGCAUGGCUCCUGGCGCCAACACGACGACCAGCAAAAAAGAAUGAAAUUUGAUGACUUUAUUGCUAACUUCAAAGACCUCACCCUGUGUCAUCUCAUCAACACAUCCUACCAGAUCAUUCAUAGGACCUGGGCGGAGGCAUUCACGUGGGGCUCCUGGCACCGCCAUGGCGACCCGCUUCUCAACCGAGCCGGCGGCUGCGCCAACCACAAACGCACCUUCCUCCAGAACCCACAGUACAUGUUUGAUGUGAAGCAGCCAGAGGACGAGGUUCUGAUCUGUCUGCAGCAGAAAGACCGCAGAGCCAACCUGAGAAACGGACGAGGAAAGAACCUGCUUAUUGGCUUCGACAUACACAGGGUGGAGUUAAACAGGACCUACCGGAUGCACGCCACCCAGCAGAAGGUUGGUGGGAGCGUCUACAUCAACUCGAGGUCUGUGUUGUUACGAAUCGACCUGAAAGAGGGGCGGUAUGUCGUCAUACCUACAACCUUUAAACGCGGCCAGGAGGGAGAUUUCCUGCUCCGCAUCUUCACAGACGUGCCCUCCGACUGCACGUAGGGACACACAGCGCUUGUUUCCAUUGAUCUGUUUUCACUCCAGCUGACAAAUCAGAUUAUUUCUAAAUGCUGGUUUUUACUCGAUAAUCUAGUGAUUUUCACGAGAUCACCUUCAUUUAUGUAUUUAUUGCUGUUUCUGAUUAUUUAAUGUACUUUUAAUGAAUUGUCCAACACAUCUGACUUGCUCCUAAUAACCUGUCCACUGGGUAGCUACUUUUAGGUCUGAAGCAGGUUUUAGUUGAACUCUACCUGUUUUUUAUGGAUUUUAAAAGACACAGAAACAUGUUUAGAUGACAGCACAGUUUCUGAGGACACAGCGCUGGGCUUUAAGAGAACGUGAUUUUGUUCCAGACUACAAUGUUUAAACAAGAGCAAAUACAAGUAUAAUUUUCC